UCUCCUCAAUCUCUUCACUACACACCUCAUCUCCCCUUCACGUCCACCACCUCAACACAUUUCACCUAUCAAGUACCGACCUCGUCUUCAUCGCUGUCAUCGCUGUCAUCGCUGUCAUCGCUGUCAACGAUGUUAGCGUCAACCUUCCUUGGCUUGGCUCACCAUGGCCGUCCACUCACUUCUGCGCCAGUCGCUGACUCUCAGCAACAUGUCCAUCCCCAAGACCAUGAAGGCCCUCGUCUACGACGAGCCCCGCAAGUUCUCCGUCAAGGAGGUCCCCGUCCCCGAGAUUGGCGACAACGAGAUCCUGCUCAAGGUCUCCAUCUGCGGCUUCUGUGGCACUGAUGUGAGUAAUUCAAGUCGCCGGCAACGUUGGUCGAGUUGGAGGGCUCCGUCUCAGACAUCUUCCUCGAGCAGCGCUGACCC